CCUGGAGGUGGUGGUCAAUACGGCUUACUCAGUUGAGGCCAUUAGCUCCCUCAACAAUCAAUCAGCUGUUAGGUCCGUGAUUGCAUCAGCGGACGUUCUGGUCCCUCAGGUCUGUGAUUGGGUCAGAAAAACCAUUGGUCUGUGAUUACGUCAAGAAAGUUCUGGUGUGUGAGAGCAUCAGGUCAGUUACCUGCAUCAACAGGAACAGUUGAACCACUAGCCAAGUGCCCACUCUGCUGCUGCCAAGUGUGCCAUGCUCUGUACAAUGUCUUGUAAUACCAGUUCCUCGAUUGUCUUAACCUAACUUAGGUUAGAACAUAGCAAGUUUUAGCAGGGGAAAGUAGUGCUCCUGUUUUCUGCAUCUUGUGUACUAAUGUGUAGUUACUAUGGCUUCUGGUCCAGUUCUUGAUACAGUUUAUACAAGGGUUCAAAUGUUUCCCUUGCACAACGCAGUUGCAUCAAGAAAUUUUACAGAGGUUCAGAAUCUCGUAGCAAAUGGUCAUGACAUUAAUGAGCAGCACUAUGACCGUGUCACACCACUUCACAUGGCCUGCCUCACAGGGGAUGUCGAGAUUACUGAUUACCUACUUCAGAAGGGAGCAUGGGUUAAUGCUCAGAGUAUUGAUAAUAGUACUCCCUUAUGUGAUGCCUGUGCUGGUGGUAAUGUAGAGUGCGUCAAAAUGCUACUGAAUCAUGGUGCAGUUGUGAAUCCACCUCUUCUUCUUUCAACACCAUUGCAUGAAGCAGCUUUAAGAGGUUACACUGACAUUGUUACUGUCCUCAUCAUUGCUGGAGCAAAACUGAAUGUGAAUGAUCUUCAUUAUGGAACACCACUGCAUGCUACGUGUUCCAUGCAGUUUCCAUCCAUAUCGUGCAUCAAUUUCCUCCUAAAAUCUGGUGCUAGUGUAAAUGCCAUAAAGAACCACAAAACUCCGCUUCAUCUCAUUGCUAUGUACAGUAAAAGUGAGGAUGCAGCUCAGCUUUUAUUAGCAUAUGGAGCUGAUGUCUACAUGAAGGAUAAUCGGGGACGCACGGCACGGGACUUAGCAGGGCCCUCUUCAGCACUUGCGCAUCUUCUGGUCACCAAUGAAAAGGAUCCUCGGCCUUUAACUCAGUGUUGUCGACUUGCCAUCCGAUCACAUCUUGGUCCAACCCGUCUUCAAAUGAUAAACAAACUACAAGCACCUCCAAUUUUAAUUGGGUUUUUGCAGUAGCUUAAGAAAAAUGUUAAAACAAGCUAUUUUUAUUUUUUUGGAAAUUUAUAUUUUAGGCAUAAACUGGAUUCUGUGAAUAGCUGGAAUAAAUCUACUUUGCUAUGACCUCAUAUUUGUCAGUGUUAAAUUUUUUUUUUAGAAAAAAAUAUGCACAUGGUAUUAUACACACUAUUACACACGAAUACAAGUUAAAUAUAUGCUUAUCAUUACAAUCUUGUCACUAACUGAGAUAAAACUCAAUACUCAGUCUUGCAAUAAACCAUUGGAUAAUAAAUACACUCAAAUACAGUGGACCCCCGCAUAACGAUGGCAUCACAUAGCGAUUUUUCCGCAUAACGAUUACUUUUAUCGCAAAAUUUUUGCCGCGCAUACCGAUUAAAAACCCGCUUACCGAUUUUCGUCCGAGACGCGUCCAAUGUGCCCUCACAUGUGCCGGCCGUCCCAUUGUUUACCAGCCAGCCUCCGCGGUAACAUCCAAGCAUACACUCGGAAUAUUUCGUAUUAUUACAGUGUUUUCGGUGCUGUUUCUGGAAAAUAAGUGACCAUGGGCCCCAAGAAAGCUUCUAGUGCCAACCCUGUGGUAAAAAGGGUGAGAAUUAGUAUGGAAAUUAAGAAAGAUUUUGAAGGGUUUGGGGCUAACCCUGAGAAGCCUAUGCCAGUUGUGGAAUCCAUUGUGCCUACUUCAAAGAUUAAGGAAAUGUGUGCAGAGUGGGUUGAACUGCAAACCUUUAUAGAUGAAAAUCACCCUGACACAGCUGUUGCAAGCCGUGCUUGUGACUAUUUCAAUGACAAUGUUAUGGCCCAUUUUAGGAAAGUCUUGAAGGAACGGGAGGUACAGAGCUCUAUGGACAGAUUUGUUGUGCGACAGAGGUCCAGUGACUCCAAGCUGGUCCUAGUGGCAUUAAAAGAAGAAGGGAAGUAACCCCAGAAAAGGACUUGCUACCUCAAGUCCUAAUGGAAGGGGAUUCCCCUUCUAAACAGUAAGAAGAUAAUGCUCUCCCCUCCUCCCAUCCCAUCAAUCAUCACCAGAUCUUCAAUAAAAGUAAGUGUCAUGUAAUUGUGCAUGCCUUUUUCAGUUUGUGUGUAUUAAAAUUAACAUUUCAUGUGGUAAAAAAAAAUUUUUUUCAUACUUUUGGGCGUCUUGCACGGAUUAAUUUUAUUUCCAUUAUUUCUUAUGGGGAAAAUUCAUUCGCAUAACGAUUAUUUCGCAUAACGAUGAGCCCUCUUGCACGGAUUAAAAUCGUUAACCGGGGGUCCACUGUAUUCUGCCUUGCAAUAAGCCACAGUAUAAUAAAUGCAUUUAUCAUCACCUGUUGUUAAGUGAUGCAAAGUAACAAGAUAUUCACAUAGCUGUAAUGCCUCACCUUGUUUCAUUAAAAUAUAAAAUAACAAGGAAGUAAGGGUAGAUCAGAAUUAAUUAUGAUGUCAGAUUGCUGCAUUCACACACUAGCUGUUGGAGUGUGAGCAGGGUAAUAUUUUGUGAAGGGAUUCAGGGAAACCGAUUAGUCGGACUUGAGUCAUGGAGGUGGGAAAUAUAAUGCCUACACUUUAACCCGUAAACGGUCCAGAUGUAUAUAUACGUUCUCUACCGUAGUGCCCCAACUUUUUUGAGAAAAAAAAAAUUCGUUUUUUUUAAUAGGAAAAAAGAGCAUAUGGUACCCAGGCAUCCCCAAUUAUUUUAAUAUGGCACACAGUGAGUGCACACACCCAUUCUCUCAUGUCUAGGUGACUCAGGCUUAUCAUGGCAAUGUUAAAUGUAUGACAAAUAAAACGUAUAUAUACGUUUGGGGCACUAGCGGUAAAAACGUAUAUAUACUUUUGGACCGUUUACGGGUUAAAGGAAGGGUUUGCGAUAAUGGCUGUUUGGAGUGACAUCUACACUGUUGUAUUUAAGUGCCUCUGCAAAGACAGUGAUUAUGUGUGAAUGAUGGUGAAAGUGUUUCUUUCUCUUUUGGGUCACCCUGCCUCGGUGGGAAACAGCCAACAUGUUAAACAAAAAAAAUUACAAAAAUGCACUAAACUCUUAAUUCAUCAUCAUUCAACAUUUUCACCUCACUCAUACAUAAACUGUCUGCAGAGGUGCUCAAAUAUGACAGUUUAGAAGUCCCUCCAAUUUGUCAAUAUCCCAGACCCCCCCCCUUCAAAGUGCAGGCAUUGUACUUCCCAUUUCCAGGACUCAAGUCCAGCAAAAUCUAUAAUAACUGGUUUCCCUGAAUCCCUUCAAUAAAUAUUAUCCUACUCACACUCCAACAGCUUGUCAAGUCCCAAAAACCAUUCAUCUCCAUUUACUCUAACACUCACACACACUAGCUGGAAGUCCAAACCCCUCGCCCACAAAACCUCCUUUACCCCAUCCCUCCAACCUUUUGGAGGACAACCCCUACCCCUCCUUCCUUCCCCUAUAGAUUUAUACACACUCCAAGUCAUUCUACUGUACGUAUUUUAUUCUCUCUAAAUGACCAAACCACCUCAACAACCUCUCUUCAGCCCUCUGACUAUUACUUUUAAUAACUCCACACCUCCUCCUAAUUUCCACACUCCGAAUUCUUUGCAUAAUAUUUACACCACACUUUGCCCUUAGACAGGACAUCUCCACUGCCUCCAGCCGCCUCCUUGCUGCAGCAUUUGCAACCCAAGCUUCACACCCAUAUAAGAGUGUUGGUACCACUAUACUUUCAUACAUUCCCUUCUUUGCCUCCAUAGAUAAUAUUUUUGUCUCCACAUUUACCUCAACACACCACUCACCCUUUUUCCUUCAUUAAUUCUCUGAUUUACCUCAUCAUUCAUAAACCCAUCUACUGACAAGUCAACUCCCAAAUAUCUGAAAACAUUCACUUCUUCCAUACUCCCUCUCUCCAAUGUGAUAUCCAAUUUUUCUUUAUCUACAUCAUUUCAUGCCUUCAUCACCUUACUCUUAUCUAUGUUCACUUUCAACAUAUUACUAUAUAAGACAUAAGAAUGUCUUUCAUCAUUUUUAAAAUUGGUAUAAAAUUAUCAAUAUUAACAGAGAUCUGUAUAUACAAAUGCUUCCUGUAUCUUAAUGUUGGCAAGUUAUAAUAUCAGUACCUCAUACAGUACUGGACCUAGAAAUGAUCUUUUCCUGUCAUCCUCCGAGUGACUCGUUCACAUUCUGAUAUUAGGAAAUCCUUGCAAUUAUACAAAAGAUUUUACCUUUUAUAAUUUAUCAAAUUAUGCAUGAGUCUUCAAGAAAUUAUUAUUAUUAUUUCAACAUACCAGUUCGUAUCCCACUGAGACAGGGUGGCCCAAAAAUAAAAACAAAAGUUUCUCUUUUUAAAUUUAGUAAUAUAUACUGGAGAAGGGUUUACUAGCCCCUUGCUCUCGGCAUUUUGAUUGCCUCUUACAGCAUGCAUAGCUUAUGGAGGAAGAAUUCUGUUCUACUUCCCCAUGGAGAUAAACAGAAAUAAACAAGAACAAGGGGCUAGUAACUCCUCCUCCUGUAUACAUUAC